AUGGAAAAACUACGUUCCUAUGAGGAUUUCAUCUUCAUGGCCAACAUGAUGUUCAAGACCCUUGGCUACGAUCUAUUCCAUACACCCAAACCCUGGUGGCGCUAUCUGCUUGUGCGAGGAUACUUCGUUUUGUGCACGAUCAGCAACUUUUACGAGGCUUCCAUGGUGACGACAAGGAUAAUUGAGUGGGAAUCCUUGGCCGGAAGUCCCUCCAAAAUAAUGCGACAGGGUCUGCACUUCUUUUACAUGUUGAGUAGCCAAUUGAAAUUUAUCACAUUCAUGAUAAAUCGCAAACGCCUACUGCAGCUGAGCCAUCGUUUGAAAGAGUUGUAUCCUCAUAAAGAGCAAAAUCAAAGGAAGUACGAGGUGAAUAAAUACUACCUAUCCUGUUCCACGCGCAAUGUUUUGUACGUGUACUACUUUGUAAUGGUCGUCAUGGCACUGGAACCCCUCGUUCAGUCGUGCAUUAUGUACCUGAUAGGCUUUGGAAAAGCUGAUUUUACCUAUAAACGCAUUUUUCCCACGCGCCUCACUUUCGAUUCUGAAAAACCUUUGGGCUAUGUGUUGGCCUACGUGAUAGACUUCACCUAUAGCCAGUUCAUAGUGAAUGUGAGCCUGGGCACAGAUCUGUGGAUGAUGUGCGUCUCAAGCCAAAUAUCGAUGCACUUGGGCUAUCUGGCCAAUAUGUUGGCCUCCAUUCGACCAAGUCCAGAAACGGAACAACAAGACUGUGACUUCUUGGCCAGCAUUAUAAAGAGACAUCAACUAAUGAUCAGGCUUCAAAAGGACGUGAACUAUGUUUUUGGACUCUUAUUGGCAUCUAAUCUGUUUACCACAUCCUGUUUACUUUGCUGCAUGGCGUACUAUACCGUCGUCGAAGGUUUCAAUUGGGAGGGCAUUUCCUAUAUGAUGCUCUUUGCUAGUGUAGCUGCCCAGUUCUACGUUGUCAGCUCACACGGACAAAUGUUAAUAGAUUUGAGUACAAAUUUAGCCAAGGCUGCCUUUGAAAGCAAGUGGUAUGAAGGAUCUUUGCGAUACAAAAAGGAGAUACUCAUUCUAAUGGCACAGGCUCAACGACCUUUGGAGAUUUCAGCCAGGGGAGUAAUUAUCAUAUCCCUCGACACCUUUAAAAUAUUGAUGACCAUCACAUACAGAUUUUUCGCGGUUAUACGACAAACUGUAGAAAAGUAA